UCUCAACGCGCUUCCCCGCGUCAUCAAAUACCUCUGCACCCGCUGUUCAUGUCAUCUCAGGCAACCAAUGAGGUCCCGUUCGAAUCACAAGUACGCGACAACAAGGCAAGCACUGCGUUGAGAGCACCAGAGGAGAUCUCUAUAGCUGCAACAGAGGCAUCAGACAAUACAACAGACAUCAGUGAAGGCGCGUUAGAUGAGCCUGAUCGCUUUGCAGACGACUUUGAAGGCAUUGAGUGGCAGCGGCUGCCAGGUCUUAUCAAGCCCCUGGUUCAACCUACUUGUAAGAAGUCUUGGGUAUAUCAUCACGGCUAUCGCUGCGUAAUGGCAAGAGAACCUCAUCGCGUGUUCUUUGUCUGCCACAUCUGUCAUCAGAGGAAG